AUGAAGGUUAGAGGAUCAAAUAGUGCCUCUUACAAUUUUAUUAAGCAUUGUACUAACUUAUAUCUUAGUGAUGGUAUCGCUCGUGUUUUCGGUUUAAACAAUAUCGGAGCUGAAGAAUUGGUUGAAUUCUCUUCAGGUGUCAAAGGUAUGGCCUUGAACUUGGAUGCUGACCAAGUCGGUAUUGUGUUAUUUGGUUCAGACAGAUUGGUCAAGGAAGGUGAAACCGUCAAGAGAACUGGUAAGAUUGUCGAAGUUCCAACUGGUCCAGAAUUAUUGGGUAGAGUUGUUGAUGGUUUAGGUAACCCAAUUGAUGGUAAGGGUCCAUUGAAUGCAUCUCACUCCUCGAGAGCUCAAGUUAAAGCUCCAGGUAUCUUACCAAGAAGAUCUGUUUACGAACCAAUGCAAACUGGUUUGAAGGCAGUUGACGCUUUAGUCCCAAUUGGUAGAGGUCAAAGAGAAUUGAUCAUUGGUGAUCGUCAAACUGGUAAGACCGCUGUUGCUUUAGAUGCCAUCUUAAACCAAAAGAGAUGGAAUAACGGUAGCGACGAGAAGAAGAAGUUGUACUGUGUUUACGUUGCUGUUGGUCAAAAGAGAUCUACUGUUGCUCAAUUAGUGCAAACUUUAGAACAAAACGAUUCAUUGAAAUACUCUAUCGUUGUUGCUGCUACUGCAUCCGAAGCUGCUCCUUUGCAAUAUAUUGCUCCUUUCACUGCUACUGCUAUUGGUGAAUGGUUCAGAGAUAAUGGAAAACACGCUUUGAUUGUUUUCGAUGAUUUGUCUAAGCAAGCUGUUGCUUACCGUCAAUUGUCAUUGUUAUUGAGACGUCCACCAGGAAGAGAAGCUUACCCUGGUGAUGUUUUCUACUUGCACUCUAGAUUGUUAGAAAGAGCUGCUAAGAUGUCUGAUGCUUUAGGUGGUGGUUCUUUGACCGCUUUGCCAAUCAUUGAAACCCAAGGUGGUGAUGUCUCAGCUUAUAUUCCAACUAACGUUAUUUCUAUUACUGAUGGUCAAAUUUUCUUGGAAGCUGAAUUGUUCUACAAGGGUAUUAGACCAGCUAUCAAUGUUGGUUUGUCUGUCUCUCGUGUCGGUUCUGCUGCUCAAGUCAAGGCCAUGAAGCAAGUUGCUGGUUCCAUGAAGUUGUUCUUGGCUCAAUACAGAGAAGUCGCUGCUUUCGCUCAAUUCGGUUCCGAUUUGGAUGCUUCAACUAAGCAAACUUUGAACAGAGGUGAAAGAUUGACCCAAUUAUUGAAACAGAACCAAUACUCUCCACAAGCUGCUGAGGAACAAGUUCCAGUUAUCUACGCUGGUGUUAACGGUUUCUUGGAUUCUGUUCCUGUUGAAAGAGUCGGUGAAUUCGAAGAAGGAUUUUUGUCCAGCUUGAAAUCCAAUCAACCAGAAAUUUUGGAUGCCAUCAGAGACAAGGGUGAAUUAUCUAAAGAAUUAUUAGACAAGUUGAAAUCUGCUACUGAAUCCUUCGUCGCAAGCUUCUAA